AUGGUCACAGUGGCAGUUCCUUCCAAGUUGGCUACCUCUGGCGAGCCACUAAUCCAAUGCCAACACCGGAAAAGGCCCCGAUCGGAGGCUUCCUCCCGCUCAGAGACCUUUAUUCCGCAGACCUCUGCGGCCACGUCGACUCCUCGUCCUCCAUCUAAGCGGGGAGAGAGUUCUUCCUCCACCAUCCUUGAAAGGGCAAUCGAUGCUCUGACCCAUUUUUCUUUCCCUCUCCUUAUACAAUUUCUUCACGCUGCGAACCCUUGCUGUUUUGUCUUCCUCCUCCUUCCCUGGUCUUUGAUCGAGUUGCCCCUCUUCCGUGGUCAGGCUGACUUCCAUCCCAAUUUUCUCAUCUCCGGCACCAACUCCUUCUGCACUUUCUCAAAAAUUGUUUACUCUGUAAUCACACGGGGACGUUACUUUCUAGGGUUUGCCGUGGGGCUUCUUGGUACACCUCCUCGUGUAAAACCUCGUCGAUCUCUACUACACGACGUACGAAGUUUUCGUUUGGGCGUGGUGAAAGUGCAAACUUGGAUUAACAAUACAGAAGAUGACGAAUUUGCUGGUGUUGGAGCUCGAUUUGUCCCCACAAUAGUUUCAAAAGAGAAACAUGCCAACCGAACUUGCCUUACUCUUUCAGAUCCUUCUGAUUGCUACACUCCACCUAAGAAAAAGCUUGCUGGAGAUGUGCUACUAGUGCAUCGAGGCAAAUGCAAAUUCACAACAAAGGCAAAGGUCGCAGAAGCUGCUGGUGCAUCUGCCAUCCUCAUUAUUAAUAACCAUAAAGAGUUAUACAAGAUGGUCUGUGAUAGGAAUGAAACCGGUUUGAACAUAAGUAUUCUUGCUGUUAUGCUGCCACAAGAUGCAGGUGCUAGCUUGGAGACUAGUCUUCAACAUGGUUCCUCAGUGCAGGCUGAAUCAUCUGUGAUAUGUAGGGCUUGUCUUGAUUCCAUAUGUGAUCUCCAGAUUGGUUGGUUUUGUCCUUACUGUUAUGUUGAAGAAGCUUCAAAUUUACUGCAUAACCUCUUUGGAUCCUCCACUGAAGUCCAAAGAUGGCGUUGAAGCUAACAAGUUUCUCCCAUUCAUAUUGAGUCGGGUAAUGCCGAUGCGCCAAAGGUAUUGGUUUCCUUUUGAGUGUUCACCUAUUCCGUGAAUGGUGGCAACUAUUAUGUGCCCACUUGUUAUGCACCCCCAGCCUAUUUCUAUGGAGGAUAUGAUCACGCUUUCAAAGAGUGGAAUGGUUACUCUACAUACAUGAAUGAAGAUGACAUAUGCUUCCAAAGCUUAUUUCUGCCAUGAAGGGAAGUCGCGCACAACAUGGUUCACCAUCGAACUUCAAGUUACAUGUGAAAUGGGCUUCUGAUGUCUAUGAUCCACCAUGCACCUUACUGCUAUCACACACUGUGAAGAAGAAUCACCAUCAACUUCCCAAAGCAAGGAAAAAUUAUUACAACAAGCACAGGACCAAGUCAGCUCGAGGAAGUAACAAUGAUAGAAGAACUGCAAAUAGGAGCUUGACCAACUAUAAGACUGAGUCCUUCAAUGCAAGGUUUAUAACAAGCAAAGGACCAAGUCAACUCGAGGAAGUGACUGUUGUCUUUUCAUACUAUUGAGAUAAAUUUUAUUUGAACAUGAGAUAUGUUUCUUCUUUUGUGAUUGUAAUUCUUGUAUAACUAACAUUUUGAAUGAUAUUGAUGUGGGGAAUAUUCUUUCUUGAUUA